AUGGCGACCCCGAAGCCUGCAUUUGACGCCCUUCCGCUCCGCAAGGAUGGCCCCCCGGGGAAUGCCUGGGGUUUGUUCGGUGAUCACGACCAGCGCGGUAUGCUGAACCUCCUGACUCCGGAGAAUACUGCGGCGGCGGCGAAAGAGAUCGUCGAGGGAGUCCGCGUGUCGACCGACUGGCCACUGGACAGCAUGAAAACGCCCUGCUUCGGACGAGCAGCCUUCGAGCACACUGUCAAGAAUAAGGCGCCCCGGCACGUCAAUGACGAUGUCCUGCUUUUCAAUACGCAGAGCAGCUCCCAGUGGGAUGGAUUUCGGCACUUCGGUUCCAAGGAUGGGUUCUACUUCAACGGCUGUACCCUGGAAGACAUCCGAACCUCCACGCGGAAUGGCAUUCACGUCUGGGCGGCGAAUGGCGGCAUCGUCGGGCGUGGCGUGCUGCUGGACUACGCGGGCUGGGCCGAGGCGAAUGGGAAGGAAGUGAAUUGCUUCCAAAGUCAGUCCAUCCCCGUAUCGGUGCUACAAGAGGUGGCCGCCACCCAGAACACCACCUUCCGCCCCGGUGAUAUUCUGUUUGUCCGCACCGGCUGGACACGAGCAUAUGAACGACUGUCCCUGGCCGAAUGCCAGGAGUUAGCGGGCCACGCGGCGCCGCCUAUCAUCGGCGUCGAAUCGUCCGAAGCCACCCUGCGCUGGAUCUGGGAGAACAGCUUCGCUGCCGUGGCGGGAGACCAUCCGAGCUUUGAGGCCUAUCCGUGCCAAAACCGAGAUUUCUUCCUGCAUGAAUGGUUGCUCGCGGGCUGGGGCGUUCCGAUCGGGGAAUUGUUUGAUCUGGAGCGCCUCGGCCAGGAAUGUCGCAAAAGAGGCCGAUGGACCUUCUUUUUCAGUAGCGUGCCCUUGAAUGUACCCGGCGGCGUGGCCAGUCCCCCGAAUGAGAGAUAUCGGCCCGACGAGAGCACCACCCGUGUGGAGAAAAUCGGUGCUUCCGUCUCUUCCUCCCCCACAUUCUUCUUCAUCCGAGCUUCGUUUGAUGCUGAGAUGGUCCGUGCCAAAGCUGGAGGCGUGUCGCGCCGGUCGGAAGAUCCCUCGACGCGCCGGUCGAUGGUAGCCCGCAAGACUCGCUGUGCUGGAAAACCCCCGCAACCCUGCGCGGCAUGCGUGGAUGUGGGCAGGCCGUGCGUCUACUCCGAGGCUGAGAAGCGCGUCUCGAUCACGGAGAGCUACUACCGUCAACUGCAAUCGCAAGCCUCACGCACACAAGACCGACCGUCGAGCGUGCCCUCCAGUGUGCUCUCCAACCCGUCCACCCGCGACUCCGAUGGCGAGGUUUCAGCCGAACGGGACGACUGGUGGUACAAAGGCACCGAUAAUUUAUUCUUGAAUCGCUCCGGCGAACAUCACUUCGUGGGCGCCUCAUCCGCCACCCAUCUGGCCAAGCGCUUGAACCCCGGCUCCUCCAACCUAGCGUGGGAUGUGCGGCCGCUUUACGAUGACCCUUCGUCCCUGCGGCGGCCGGUGAUGGGGGCACUACCACAGCUGCCACCCUUCGAGUUCGCCAAGCGACUGUUUUGGGUCCAGUAUGCUUACAUCGGCACCAUCUUCUCCCUUAUCCAGCCCGUGGAGUUUGAAGAGCGGUUGGAUAUAGUCUACCACCAACCACCCGAUUUCUCGCAUCGCGAAUCCUGCUUGGUCUAUUGCCAAACCAUGCUGGUCAUUGCGUUUGGGUUGAUGUACUCAGUCAACCAAUGGUCGGGCGACGACGGGCCCCCCGGGUUCAAAUAUUUCAAGCAUGCGCUGCGGUUCCUGCCCGAUAUCCAUGAAGAAGGAUCUAUCUUCUUCGUUGAGGUGAUAUGCUAUGUCGCGUACUACAUGCAGAACCUCAACCGCCGAGAUGCCGCCUUCCUUUAUAUCGGACUGGCAUUGCGGAUGGCAAUCUCUCUCGGACUCCACCAAGAAGUAUCCCAUCCAGACAUCAGUGAAGCUGACCGUAACCGCCGGCGUCGAGCGUGGUGGUCGGUCUAUAGCCUGGACCGGUUACUUUCCGUUAAAUCGGGUAACCCUAUCACAAUCCACGACGAAGAUAUCGGCACCACAUGGCCUGUGACAGUAGACGGAAUGACAUCCGACCCAUGGCCAUCAAUCGUCUUGACUCACUAUACCCAGCUCUCUCGCAUUCUAGGCCGAAUCGGAGAAGAGAUCUACCGUAAAAAGCCUCGGUCCGGGUCCAAUUUGAUCGCUUCCGUUCAAAGUAUCACCAAUGACCUCUCUAGCUGGCUGCGAAAGGUACCGAAUGGUCUGCGCAUCGAUUUCUCCGCACUCGACUUGCACAUCAGCCGGGAAGCAGUGUCAAUCAACUUGCACUUUUAUUCCUGCGUCAACAUGACCGCGCGGCCGCUCGUUUUCUAUAUCAUCCAGCGUCGACUGGAUGCGGGUAUGAUGGGCUCAUCCACCGAAGACUGGAAAGACGGGCUGGCCCCGAACACCGUCGCCGUCAUUGAUAGCUGCAUUUCAGCUGCUCGGGCCACGACUUCGAUCAUAGAGGCGGCAGCGAAGCACAAUUUGGUUGCGACUUAUGGUUACCUCGACGGAGAGUACAUCUUCUCGGCGGCGCUGUUGUUGGUCAUGGUGAACGCGGCGUUCCCACACGAUGACACCAAUGCGCGGGCGAUGGAAACCGCGCUGAAUCUCCUUCGCGGCAUGGCAGAUCGCGGGAAUACCUAUCUUGGCUCGCGGCACUCCUUGUUGCUGGAACUCCGGGCGUCCAUCGAGCCCAAAUCCGUGGCGGCUGCAGCCGAAUCCACCAGUCCUCCGGUCCCCGAAGCCCCCGCGACGCCCAAGAGUGAGCAGCCGGCAAGUCUGGUGGGCGACCGAGUGCCGUCCCCAGUCCCUCCCACCGAAUGGCCGGUGCCGGGACUCCCGUCGUUCAACGACAUCUCCUUCCAGUUUGACCCCAAUGAUGACCCAGCACUCUGGGAAGGCGCGCUGGAUCAGAUUGACAUUGACAUGGAUGCGGAGUGGAUUGAGAAUACGCUACGACGAUAG